GGACCAGACAGCGCCGAGCUCGCUGCUAUGAGCGCUCGUCCAAGACUUCAGCCCAAAGGUGAACGAGGUCAAGAUAGAGCCGGGCGCACCCGUGAGCGUGGGCAGCUCGCAGGCGUUCGUGAUGGUUGGGAUGUCGUCCUCGUCGACGCCUGUCGCGGACAACCUGGGAAGGUCCUUGGUGACGGAGCUGUGCUCAUUCAUGGCGUCGACGCAUGCCAGGAGACCACGGUUCUCGAGGCCGGCUGCCAUGGCACCGGAUGUGGUGGCGAGAAGCAGAAGGGUGGUGUAGCGCAUCUUGGAUUUGGGUGUGUUUGGGUGUUGAUGAAAGAGUUGUGGGUAGCUCAAGGCUUGAAUAUGAAAGGUUCUUAUGGAAGUUCAGAUACUGGAGUUUUCU